GUGUUCCGUCCUCUGAGAGGAGGCGAUCACCACCACCAAGAGAUGGCGGACCCUGCCAAGUACGGGCAUUUCCCCAUUCCCCACGUCUCGAGCAUGCACAAGAACUUGGCAAAGGGGUUCGGCACGGUUUUUUGGUUUUGGAUUUUCUAUCGAACUUAUCAUGACGGAAAUGCCGUGUUUCUUGGUCACCAUCCAUUUCAUGAGGAGCAUUGAGAGCCUCGAUGACUAGCGAUAGUCGGAGAAUUUUGUGCUGAUGUUGCGGGAAUAAACGGGAGAGACAG